GAACCUGGGACAAAGAUUUGUGAAAUGCGCCUCAACAAUAGGAAGUCACAGCAUAGAGAAGAUCCUUAUUGCAAACCGAGGUGAAAUUGCAUGCAGAGUGAUGCGAACAGCAAGGAAAAUGGGUGUGAAGUCUGUAGCAGUUUAUAGUGAAGCAGACAGAAAUUCCAUGCAUGUAGCAAUGGCAGAUGAAGCAUAUUGCAUUGGUCCAGCACCCUCACAGCAGAGUUAUUUGGCCAUGGAGAAAAUAAUGCAGGUGGCCAAGGUCUCAGCAGCACAGGCUGUUCAUCCAGGUUAUGGUUUCCUCUCAGAAAACACAGAGUUUGCAGAGUUGUGCAAGCAAGAGGGAAUCAUCUUCAUAGGUCCGCCUUCAUCUGCUAUCAGAGAUAUGGGUAUUAAGAGCACUUCCAAAGCUAUAAUGUCUGCUGCUGGCGUUCCUGUUGUUGAAGGUUAUCAUGGAGAAGAUCAAUCGGAUGAAUGUCUAAAAGAACAUGCCAAGAGAGUAGGAUAUCCAGUAAUGAUUAAAGCUGUUCGCGGAGGUGGAGGAAAGGGCAUGAGAAUUGCUCAUUCAGAAAAGGAAUUUCUGGACCAGCUAGAAUCAGCUAGGAGAGAAGCAAAAAAGUCUUUCAAUGAUGAUGCAAUGCUGAUCGAGAAAUUUGUAGACGAUCCGAGGCAUGUUGAAGUCCAAAUAUUUGGUGACCAGCAUGGCAACGCAGUUUACUUGUUUGAAAGAGACUGCAGCGUGCAAAGAAGACAUCAGAAAAUCAUUGAGGAGGCACCGGGGCCAGGAAUUAAUCCUGACGUUCGAAAGAAACUCGGAGAAGCUGCUGUCAAAGCAGCUAAAGCAGUGAAUUACGUGGGAGCAGGAACGGUGGAAUUUAUUAUGGAUUCACAACAUAAUUUUUACUUCAUGGAGAUGAAUACCAGGCUGCAAGUGGAGCACCCGGUUACAGAGAUGAUCACUGGAACAGACUUGGUGGAAUGGCAGCUUAGGGUUGCAGCAGGAGAGAAGAUUCCUCUAAUGCAGGAGGAAAUUCGUCUCCGAGGCCAUGCAUUUGAAGCGCGGAUAUAUGCUGAAGACCCUAAUAAUAACUUUAUGCCAGGGGCUGGGCCGUUGUUACACUUAUCCACCCCACCACCUGAUAGUUUCACCAGGAUAGAGACUGGAGUCAGACAAGGUGAUGAGGUUUCCGUCCAUUAUGAUCCAAUGAUUGCAAAGUUAGUUGUUUGGGCUGAGGAUCGGCAAGCAGCGCUGAGAAAGUUGCGAUACAGUUUGCAUCAAUAUCAUAUUGUAGGAUUAAACACUAAUAUUGAUUUUCUGCUAAGCCUUUCGGGACACCCACAGUUUGAGGCUGGAAACGUGCACACUAAUUUCAUUCCUCAACACCACGAUGAACUGUUUCCAACCAAAACGGCAACCCCACAUGAAGUUGUGUGUCAGGCAGCUCUAGGACUCUUACUGAAAGAAAAAAUGGUAACAGAUGCUUUUAGAGAUCAGUCAGCUGAUAAAUUCUCACCGUUUGCAUCCAGCAGCGGUAGAAGAAUAAAUAUGUUGUACACUAGAAAACUCUCUCUUCUGGACGGAGAAAACAUUGUGGAUGUAACUGUAAAUUACAAUCAAGAAGGGUCAUACAACAUGCAGAUUAAAGAUAAAAUGUUCCUGAUUUCUGGAGAUAUCUUCAAUGAAGGCGAUUCUGUUUACUUGAGGUCUUCAGUAAAUGGAACAGUUUGUAAGUCCAAAUUGGUCAUUUUGGACAACACCAUUUAUCUCUUCUCUCCGGAAGGUAGUGCUCAGAUUGGCCUUCCUGUCCCCAAGUACUUAUCCGCAGUGAGUUCGGUGGGAAUGCAAGGUGGUGCCGUAGCACCCAUGACUGGCACAAUUGAGAAGGUGUUUGUGAAAGCAGGGGAUAAGGUUCAGAUUGGAGAUCCUCUCAUGGUUAUGAUAGCUAUGAAAAUGGAGCAUACCAUAAGAGCUCCAAAGGCAGGAGUGAUAAAAAAGGUUAAUUUCCAAGAAGGUGCCCAAGCCAACAGACAUGCUCCUCUAAUUGAAUUUGUGGAUGAAGAGUCUGAGUCAAAGCCUUUAAGCAGCUGUCUGAUAGCGUGCAGACCACAAUCUGCAGAUCACAAUUAGAAAGCGCUAACCUUGCCAAUCAGAGUCGAUUUCACUGCAGAUCUACCAUCUUAUAUACUCUGAAGCUGUAGCGAAGCAUUGAAAUGCCGAGCAUGAGGUUCUCGGUCCACGAAAUCUGUGCCGCUUGCUUUGUCCGACCAACGAAAAAGAGCAUGUUCCGUGGAAGCUGACAAAAUGUCUGGGUUGGGAAUGAAGGAGGACAAAUCAUUUUUCAGUUUUAGAAGUUUUCUCUCGCUUCUGAAAAUUAGCUGGGUUUUUUUUCUCUCUCUUAAGUUUCCCUCAAGAGAGAAUUUUGAGUUUUCAGGGAGUGGUUUUGAUUAUUUCAGAAUUUAUGCCUUUAGCAAAUUUCUUGCAGCAGGCCCUGUCAGAAUUUGAACAUCUGAAAUGUUGUGCUGCAAUGCGAUUUAAUUGAACUGUUAGAGAAGCACAAAGAAUUGUUAAAGAUAGGUUCUUCUUGUAAUCCAGAAUUUUAAUUUAUAAAAUAUUCAGAAAAUUUCUGUCUCUUACAAAUGUGAAACGUGACACAUUUUCUUGUGUUAUAAAUGUGACUGGAAAGGGACGUAUGAUAAUGAAAUAAAAGUAACUAAAUUGUUUAAUGCAGAACAGCCAGUGGUAGAGUGAGGAAGAAAACAAGGGAUAAGUGGUUCAAAUUUAAUAUUCUAGUACUUGAGCUGAAAGAACAAUCUCUGCCAGUUAUUAGUUAUCAGUAUACCGUUGCCAAUAACGCUGCAGUUCUGAUACAAGACUCAAAGAUACUAUAGAAACAAUGAAUUUGAACUGAUUCUGACUGUAAUGAUGUAGUCUGCUGCUGCCAGAGGAGAGAGGGGACUGGAUCAUGGGAUAUGUAGCGUAGCCACACAUGGUAGCCUAUAGGAAAGAACGAGGGCAUUAGCGUUUCGAGCUAUGGCUUUGUGAGACAGCAUCAGAGAGUAAUGCUCUCGGUAAGCUUACUGGUCAGCUUGUUAUAUCAAGCGUGUAACAACCUGCUGGUAAUGUGAAUGUGGCCAUGCCAAAUUAUAGCAUGCACUCACACACGCACGCACGCACACACACAGCUGGUGUAAGUUACCAUUCACUGGAGCCGAAACCCAGUGGAGAUCUGUGGCAUGGAGCCUCAAUUCAUGCUGAAGUAGUGAUUAGGACAUAGGGAGUGGAAAGCAGGAGAGCAGGAUGGUAUUCUCAUUUCAGCCACUGACUCACCGUGCCUUCAGGCAAGUCACUUAAGGGAUAUUUGCCUUUGUUUCCUGCUAUGUAAUGAGGAUAAUGGUACUCAAAGCACUGGAAAAUGUGUGGAUACAAAGUUUUAUAAAUAAUUCUUUUCUGUGCUUACUGGUAAAAUUGUAAUUUCAGAUGUAGAUUUUAUUAUUACUUGUAAGGCUAUAAUCUUUUACAUUUUUUCCAAAAAAAACCAAAAAAAACCUAGGUCAGGGAAUUGUAAAAAUAAACAAGAGUGAUUCUAAGGUGUAUUGACUCCUUUGUCCUAAUGGUCGUAACUACCUGGUUACCAGAAAAUCCUAAAUCUUGUCUUCAAGGUGAUUAAAAAGUGAAUAUGCAAGUGUUUGGGCAGAGGCUUUUAAAAUUCAGACGUGUGGUAGGGAUAAAAAGGAAACUGAUCUGAGCAGAGGCUUCUUUUGUUAAAGCAACUCAUACCCAUUUUAAAGGGCGUAUCAAGCGGGGCACACGUCACAGCUAUAUUAAUUUCUGUUGAUUAUUUUUCUCUUGAGUCAGCUCAGGAAUUAUCUGACUGUGUCCUGUCUGUUCUGUUCAUAAAAAGCUUAACAAUGCUUUGCAUAACGUGUUUAUUGGAACGCUCAGUGGCAGUGGAUUAUGGUCAAAAUAUAUAGCUUUCUGCCAAACAUUGCGUAUUUUCAACAGAUAUCUGAACUGCUUGUAUAAUCGUGUUCAAAACUGCAGAUUUGUACACCUGCAUGCUUAACAGCCAAACGUCAGUUAAUAUUUUUGUGGUAUUGGGGCAUAGCCUUCUGCAUAAGAAUUUAAUUUGGAAAGGAGUGCAUACCACUGAGCGUUGUCCUGGAGAACGUGGAGGAAGUUGAAUGUUGAGUUUAAUCAUGGUGAGCGUCACUCCUAUUUAAAAGGAAAAGUCAAUAGUGCAGAAUUUCAUAAUGCAAAGCUUUGUGUGUAUUCUUAUGUGGCCUGAUUGUAUUUCAUGAAAUGAAAGAGCUUGGCUUCUCAAAGCCAUGCAGUAUCUUUUAUAAGACAUUUGAUGUUAGGUUGAAAACUGAUGAUUAUAUGAUGAAUUCAGUUUAAAGUAAACAUGAU